GAGAUGUGCCAUCUCCAGCAGGAACUGGCGGCUGCUCCCUGCAGGAAUGAAGGCAAGAAAUGAGGAAGGUGGAGUAGCUGCAAAUGGGUUUCAAUUAGUGGGUCUUUCUUUGUUACUGUAAAGAGAGGGGAUUAGAGGCAGGUCACAGGUCAAGAGAUAAAACAUCCUGAAACCGGAGCUUGGGUAGGGCCUCGGUGGGCAGUUGAUGCUCUGGGAGCGCUGUGCUAGGAUAGAAGACAGGGCAGUGGCUGAAGGUGAGCACCCACCAUGGUCCCGGGGGCUCUCUGUGCUCUGCUGCUGCUGCUGGCCCUGCGCUGCAGCUCGGGGCGGGCAGGGGAGUUCUGCCACGGCUGGGCUGGCAGCCCCCAGCGCUGGCACCGCGGCUUCCAGUGCCCCGAGCGCUACGAUGGACCCGAGGCCACGCUGUGCUGCGGGACCUGCAGUCUGCGCUACUGCUGCUCCUCCAGAGAGGCGCGCCUGGACCAGGCUCGGUGCCCCGGUGACCAGCCGCAGCCCAGCCCCAUGCCUCCGGUGCCAGUGCCUGUGUACCUGCCCUUCCUUCUUGUUGGGUCCGUAUUUGUGGCAUUUGUUGUUGGUGGAGCCUGCGUUGGAAUCUGCUGCUGCAAAUGCUUAAAAUCCCAGGAUGAGGAGCAGCAAAGUGGACUUGCACCUGGCCAGACUUGGCUACUCGAACCUGAUCUUCCCUCUCGUCUCUCCAGUUCCAGUUCUGCCACCAGAAGCUCACCAAGUAAUGGUCCUCAGAGCAGCAGCAUCUCCAUGACUCUGGCUCCAUCCCUUCCUCCAUCCCUGCCCAUUCUUGGGCUGCCUGAAGAUGUUCGGUUCCUAAGUCCCCCACCUGGCAGUGGACAACUCUUGCAACCUUCAUGUGCUAUGCACAGAAUAGAUCAGACUGCAGUAACGGCUCCAGCAUCCUUCCUUAAAAGAACAAUCUAUGGGCACAGGGCUAAUGCAUCUCCUCUUGGGGUAGCACAGAGUGACCAAAUGAUGUACUCAGGAGCACAUGUCUGAGAUGACACAUCAGCAGCCAUGAGCUGGAUGCCAUUUCACUGUUAUAAACAGCUCUUUUGGGCUGAAAUGAGGACUUAAAAAUGUUUAAUGCUAUUAGGAAGUGCAUCAUUUUGGGCUUUUUACAGUUCUGAAGAUGACCUGUUAGAACUUCUUUUAGGUUCUUGGGUUUUAACAUGUAUUAUUUUAAUGCUAUUGAAAAAGACAAGAUCCUGAGGCUGGUGUACCUACUCAAGGAACAGUAGGAAUGAGUUUCACCCUCCUUUGGUCCUCACACACCAUGGU